AUGCAGCACCGCGAGCCUCGUCCGUACGCCUAUGACGACCAAAACACGACGUAUUCUCCGCCCCACCAGAGCGACUAUGCGCCGACAGGCUAUCAGUACGAUAGUACGGGACACUAUUAUGCUACACCCACUCAUGGGUCCGUGGGCGGCGGCAGUGACAUGGCCAAUCCUGCCAGUCCGUAUUUUCGUAGCAUGACGCCCUCUCUUGUGUCCUCCAACCGCUAUCCUAGUGGCCACCGCGAUCCUCGGUACUACAACUCGCACGGCCUGGUCGGGUCCUCCUCAUCCCUGUCGCAGUCGAUGUACACUGCUCACACCCAACAGUACCCAUCGCAGUACCUUCCCACCUCGGACCAACGUUCCCUGCCGCUAAGCGCCAAUCCACAUCACCCGCAGUUCAUCCCUACACCGUCAGAAAUAGCCAGUACCUACUCGAGCAGCUAUACCCAUCCAAUAACACCACAUUCGCCAGCCAUUCCAGAAGACCCCUACUCUACUUCUUUGCUCGACUACCCCAGUCCCCCGCACAUGGUCCCCUCUUCCCAUGCCAGCCACGGCCACCGACCCUCUCGUAUCGUCACUGGACGCCCCCGCACAGGUUCUGCAACGGCCAGUACGUCUCCUACUUCUGCCUCGUCCCCUUCAGGCGAACGAUUUCCUUGCGAGAAGUGCGGCAAAACUUUCUCGAGGUCUCACGACCGUAAAAGACACCACGAAACGCAGCACCUCGCGUCUCCUGUCAUCCAUCGCUGUGUUUACUGUCAAAAAGAAUUCAGCAGAGCUGAUUCACUCAAAAGGCAUCUUGAUAACGGGUGUGACGAGAUGCAUUCGUAA